GUAAUUCACACACAAUAAUUGGGUGGGAUGCACCAAGAAGCCCGCUCCACUCUAGGGUUUCUUAAAACCACAUUCAUAAUUCAAGAUUUGAGCGGUGCAAUAAUUUCUUACAUUUGCGAGAGGAAAAGUUUCGAUCACGCAAUCUCUGAGUUUCAGUUUCAAUUGCUGUUCAGAAUUUUACAGCCAAUAAACAAAAAUCAAUCUCCGAAGGAAGGUGCACAUAUUGCAUUCUUAUACUGAAGAAAUUCUAUUUUGAUAUUUUGCACCACCUUCAUGAUCCUUAUAAGUAUCAUUCAGAAGUCUCUUUUGCCUGUCUCUGUUAGUGCUGCUACUAAUUUUUCUCAUCCCAUUGAAAAAAAAGUCUUUCACAUUGCAACCUUGAGUCUUAUCUCAUCAGACGGAUACAGCUGAAAUUCAUACUUUGUUGACCAAAAACAAUGAACUUCAUACUCUACAACUCCUUUUGGCCUUUCAUUUUGUUUCCUCCUGUCGAUAUGUGUAUACUUCUUCCGAUGAAUUCUUCUGGCCUCUGUGCCGUCUUCACAGUUGCCUCGCAAGCUUGUUUUGUUUGAUACUUAAGAUGCCACGGACAAAGGCAAAUGCAUUAUCUUCUGGUAAGCAAGUUGAACCUCAAAAGCCAAGUGAGCCUGAAAAGCCAGUUGAGUCGGAAGAGAAAGUCGAUCUUGAUGAAGAUGAAGAUCCCGAGGAGGAGGAAGAGAUUGAGUAUGAAGAAGUAGAGGAGGAAGAGGAGGUUGAAGAAAUUGAAGAAGAGGUGGAAGAAGAAGAGGAGGAAGUGGAAGAAGCAGAGGAGGAGGAUACUAAUAAUGCUGAUGGAGCUGAUGCACAGAAAAUCCUUAGUGGUGGUGAGCUGAAGGUUGAAGAUGGGGAUGAGAAGAAAAAAUGUGCCGAACUUCUUGCACUCCCUCCGCAUGGUUCCGAAGUGUACAUAGGUGGCAUUCCCCAUGAUGCUUUGGAUGAGGAUUUGAGGGCUUUUUGCGAAUCUAUAGGAGAAGUUACAGAGGUUCGAGUUAUGAAAGGAAAAGAUUCAGGUGAGAACAAGGGCUUUGCAUUUGUGACCUUUAGAAGUGCAGAAUUAGCUUCUAAAGCCAUUGAUGAGCUGAACAGCACUGAAUUUAAGGGUAAAAAAAUAAAAUGUUCAACAUCUCAAGCAAAGCACCGUCUGUUCAUUGGUAAUGUUCCUAGAAACUGGGGAGAGGAGGAUCUUAGAAAGGUUGUAACCGAGAUUGGGCCUGGAGUUACUGCUGUAGAACUGGUUAAGGAUAUGAAGAACGCAAGCAAUAACCGGGGCUUUGCUUUUGUUGACUAUCAUAACCAUGCAUGUGCUGAGCAUUCAAGACAAAAGAUGACAAGCCCAAAAUUUAAGCUAGGUGAUAAUGCUCCAACUGUGAGCUGGGCUGACCCAAAAAAUGCUGAUUCUUCAGCUGCUUCACAGGUGAAGGCGGUAUAUGUGAAGAAUCUGCCAAAGAAUAUAACCCAGGAGCAGUUAAAGAAGCUAUUUGAACAUCACGGGAAAAUCACAAAAGUGGUUCUGCCACCAGCCAAACCUGGACAGGAAAAAAAUAGAAUUGGUUUUGUACAUUUUGCAGAGAGGUCAAGUGCUAUGAAGGCAUUGAAGAAUACAGAAAAAUACGAACUAGAUGGCCAAGUUUUGGAGUGUUCUCUUGCAAAACCACAGGCAGAUCAAAAGGCUGGAGGAUCAAAUUCUCAGAAGGCAGGAUUGCUUCCAACGUAUCCCCCUCGUGCUGGUUAUGGUUUAGUUGAUGGUGCCUUUGGUGGUGCUCUUGGUGCAGGAUAUGGUGCAGGAUAUGGUGCAGCGGGCUUUGCACCGCCCCUGAUCUAUGGGAGGGGACCAACUCCUGCUGGCUUGGCAAUGAUGCCAAUGCUUCUGCCAGACGGACGGAUUGGAUAUGUUUUGCAACAACCAGGAGCACAACCACAAAUCCCACCUUCACAUCAAAGAAGUGGUAUCAGGGGUGUUGGUGGAAGUGGCAGCAGGGGUGGCAGUUCAAGUAGGGGAAGGCAUGGCAACGAAGGUGGCCACGGGCGCAGGUAUCGCCCAUAUUAAUUGCUCUUCUCUAGUGCCAAAAAGCUAUACAUAAGGAGCUGUUUGUUCUAAUGUCAAACCUAAAUAUUGUUGUAUCCGAAGUUUGCAUUAUCAUCUUAUUUAUUGAAGCUGGAUAUGGUAUUCUUGUA